AUGAAGUUGACUGCUUUUGCGGCGGCUUCCUUGCUGGCCGGAGGGGCUCUUGCUAGUGUCCCAAACGUCGUCAUCAAGGGCUCCAAGUUCUUCUAUGCCAACAAUGGAACUGAAUUCUACCUCCGAGGCAUAGCCUAUCAGGAGAACUACAAUGGCGGAGGAUCCAAUGGAACUGGCCAGUCCAGCACCACGGGCUACACCGAUCCCCUCGCCGAUGCCACCAGCUGCUCGCGUGAUAUUCCCUACCUAACCCAGCUGCGGACGAAUGUUAUCCGAACCUACACGGUUGACCCCUCGAAGAACCAUGAUGCCUGCAUGCAGCAAUUGGCUGAUGCCGGUAUCUACGUUAUCACUGAUCUGGCUUCACCCGACGUGUCGAUCGAGGAAAACUCCCCCGUCUGGACGGUCGACGAGUACGAACGGUAUACAAGCGUGAUCGACGCUUUCGAGAAGUACGAUAACGUUAUUGGCUUCUUUGUUGGUAACGAGGUUAUCAACAAGCCCAACCAGACGAAUGCCGCAGCCUUCGUCAAGGCCGCAGCCAGAGAUAUGAAGUCCUACAUUAAGAGCAAAGGAUAUCGGGAUACACUAGCUCUCGGUUAUGCCACAACCGACCAGGAGGAUAUCCGGACAUCCGUGUCCAGCUAUCUCAACUGCGGAGAUCAGUCUAGCGCAAUUGAUUUCUUUGGCUACAAUAUCUAUGAGUGGUGUGGAGACCAGACUUUCCAGUCUUCGGGAUAUCAAGACCGCACCAAUGAGUACAGCAACUACUCAAUUCCAGUUUUCUUCUCGGAGUAUGGUUGCAAUACCGUGAAGCCUCGCAAGUUCACCGAUGUGCCCGUGCUUUUCGGUCCCCAGAUGAACGACGUCUGGAGCGGCGGUAUCGUUUACAUGUACUUCGAGACCGACAAUGACUAUGGACUCGUCUCCGUGAGCGGUAGCUCCGUGGCUACUGAAGUUGACUUCAGCUACUAUUCCAAGGAGAUUCAGAGCGCGACUGCCACCGGAAUCAACAGCGCCAGCUACUCUCCUACCAACACCCCCCGCGCAUGCCCCACAGUUGACGGCGAGAACUGGCUGGCGAAAUCUAGCCCUCUCCCACCAACUCCGGACCAGCAGCUCUGCUCCUGCGUGGUGAGCACUCUUUCUUGUGUAGUCAGUGACUCGGUGGACUCGAAGGACUACGGCACUCUUUUCGGAGAAGUCUGUGGGUAUGGCGCGCAUAUCUGCGACGGCAUCGCACAUAACGCUACUAGCGGAAAAUACGGUGCCUACAGUGUCUGCAAGAGCAAGGAUCAGCUUUCGGUUGCAUUCAAUGCCUACUACCAGAGCCAGAACAAGGCCAAGGAUGCAUGUAACUUCAACGGUGCGGCCAAGAUUCAGUCUGCGCAGGCUGCAUCGGGAGACUGCAAGACCCUUGUCAGUCAGGCUGGUGGUAGCGCUGGAACAGGCACUGCUGCCUCCGGUGGAGGUGCUGCUAGCACGUCUACUUCGAAGGGAGCUGCUUCCCAUAUGGUUAGCCCCGCCGCUGUUUAUGUGAACAGCUGGUUUGCGUUGGCCUCCUUCGUUGCGGCUGCUGUGAUGGGCUCGCUGAUGGUCGCCCUUUAA